AUGGCAUCAAGUCGACAAACGUUUCCACGUCGAGUUUUUACUUCAACACAACACACACCGCCUUCAACUCAUUACUUACUUUUAUUUGAAGAAACUAAUUCUUGCCAAAUAGUUGCCCUAUCAAGUCUUAAAAAUAUAAAUGAUGAUGUUGCAUUUAUUCUUAUUCGUAAUAAACUUUUACAAGCCAAAAUAGUCUUUCAUGGUCUACUAUCAUAUUUAUUUAUUUAUUUUAUUCUCGUUUAUUGUCUUUCAGGUUCCCUUGAAGAUUGCAAUAGUGAAUAUGCUCGAUUAACUCGUUUAUCACAAGAUCAAGUCGAUGAUCAAAAUUAUCAUGAUUCAAUUCAAGAUGCAAUCAAUAUCAUUAAUUCAUCUAUGACAAAUAUAAGAUCUUCAAAAAUUGAUCGAACACGUUUAUCAUCAUCAACUUCAUCAUCAACACGAAUUUCAACAUGUGUACAAGCACCAGAAAAAAUAGAUGUUGAAGGUUAUGCUUAA